AUGACAUCUUAUGGCCUCCUUGAUCAGGCGAGCGAAGAUGCCCUACACAAGUCGCGCCUCCUGAACGUCGAAGAAAAACCCUUCAAGCGGAUUUCCAAACGACUUCUGAACCCCGAAUCAAUUGUGAUUUCAAACGCUGCCCUUCUUCCCACCCCUCCUCCCGACGGAACCGACGGCGGGGCUGCUGCAGCCCUAGAGGCAGAGAAACAGAAGAAACUUGAGGAAUGGCGCCAGUUUCGCGACGACGUGGCUUUAGACUUUGCCGCGUUCGAAGGGAGCAUUGCGCGCAUUCAAUUCUUGCUCACAAGCAAUGAAAAAGAACGCGAACGGUACGUGGCAGAGAAGCUGCGGAUUCUCGACACCAUGCAGGCGGUUCGCGAAAACACAGCGGACCUGCGACUCCAGUUAGAAGAGGCCCAACGACUACUGGCACUACGGAAAAGCUAUGAUGAGUUGACAGAUAAGAUCACCAGCAACAGGCUUCUAAAGCCACGCGAAGACCAGCAGGCGAAUCUGCAGAAAUUACAGGCGGAAAUCGCAGAGUUGGAGAGGGAAAGCAAAGACUACGCAAUGACAUGGACCGAGCGACGAGAACAGUUUGGCCGUAUUGUAGAAGAGGGAAUGCAACUCCGACGGUUGAUCCGAGAUGAAAAGGAGGAGGUGGAACGCCGAGAGGGUAUGCAGGAAGACGAAGACGGGGACGAUGGAGAUGUCUCCAAAGGAAAAUUGAGUGGAUCCAACACCCCACGACCCGACCAGGAUAGUUUCACCCCCUCCCAGCAGGGUCAAGAUGAAGCUGGUCGGUCCCCUCUGAUCCUACACGCGGACAAGGCAACUCCAGGAGCAGCAACACCCUUACGACAGGUAACUACUGCUGAAGAGGAGGGCAAAAACACACCUGACCAAGAAGACUCUACGAUGGUAGACGAGGGUGAGGUAACCGGGGACGAGGAUGCUCAACAUGACGAUUUGGAAGAAGGGGAAGAAUUUCAGGAUGAGCGUGCAUUGGACAAGAUGGACACAACAUAA